CUGGGGGGCCACCCUGCCGGGACCGGCCGGCCCUGCCCCAAACCCCCUGGCGACCCCCGGACAGGACACGGCACCCCGGCCCGAAGCUGCCUCGUCUCGGCUCGUCUAGCAGCCCGCUCCUGUCCGACCCUCAGGGAGAGGGUCCCCGUGCCAUCGCAGCCCGCACCGUCGGGGACCCGGACCGCCCCCCGCCGCCGUCGGGGCCGGGGGGCCCCCCAGGACGUCGCCCACGGGUGGGCCGGGCACCGCCCGCCGCCUCUUCCGCAGAUCCAGGACCGGGAGGGGGGAUCCGCUGCCCACGCCCCCCUCCCCAGCCCGAGCACUCAUGAGCCGCGGCGGGGCAGCCUGAAGCCCCUCGGAGUCCCGUCCCCCCCAUGUGACGGCGGCGGCGGCUUGGCAUGGCCAGCAACAGCAGCUCUUGCCCGACGCCCGGUGGCGGGCACCUCAACGGGUACCCCGUGCCUCACUAUGCCUUCUUCUUCCCGCCCAUGCUGGGUGGGCUGUCGCCACCCGGGGCACUGGCCAGCAUGCAGCACCAGCUGCCCGUCAGCGGGUACAGCACUCCAUCCCCAGCCACCAUCGAGACCCAGAGCACCAGUUCGGAGGAGAUCGUGCCCAGCCCCCCCUCGCCGCCCCCUCUCCCCCGCAUCUACAAGCCAUGCUUCGUGUGUCAGGACAAGUCCUCGGGCUACCAUUACGGCGUCAGCGCCUGCGAAGGUUGCAAGGGGUUCUUCCGCCGCAGCAUCCAGAAGAACAUGGUGUACACCUGCCACCGUGACAAAGGCUGCGUCAUCAACAAGGUGACCCGGAACCGCUGCCAGUACUGCCGCCUGCAGAAGUGCUUCGAAGUUGGCAUGUCCAAGGAGUCCGUGCGGAAUGACCGGAACAAGAAGAAGAAGGAGCCGCCCAAGGCCGAGUGCUCGGAGAGCUGCAGCCUGACGCCCGAGGUGGAGGAGCUGAUCGGCAAAGUGCGCAAGGCCCACCAGGAGACCUUCCCCGCCCUCUGCCAACUGGGCAAAUACACUACGAACAACAGCUCGGAGCAGCGGGUGUCCCUGGACGUGGACCUGUGGGACAAGUUCAGCGAACUGUCCACCAAGUGCAUCAUCAAGACGGUGGAGUUCGCCAAGCAGCUGCCUGGCUUCACCACGCUCACCAUCGCCGACCAGAUCACCCUGCUCAAGGCCGCCUGCCUGGACAUCCUGAUCCUGCGUAUCUGCACGCGGUACACGCCGGAGCAGGACACCAUGACCUUCUCGGACGGGCUGACGCUGAACCGGACGCAGAUGCAUAAUGCCGGCUUCGGCCCCCUCACCGACCUGGUCUUCGCCUUCGCCAACCAGCUGCUGCCCCUGGAGAUGGACGACGCCGAGACCGGGCUCCUCAGUGCCAUCUGCCUCAUCUGCGGAGACCGGCAGGACCUGGAGCAGCCGGACAAGGUGGACAAGCUACAGGAGCCGCUGCUGGAGGCGCUGAAGGUUUACGUCCGCAAGCGGAGGCCCAACCGGCCACACAUGUUCCCCAAGAUGCUGAUGAAGAUCACGGAUCUGCGCAGCAUCAGCGCCAAGGGAGCGGAACGUGUGAUCACCCUGAAGAUGGAGAUCCCCGGGGCCAUGCCGCCGCUCAUCCAGGAGAUGCUGGAGAACUCCGAGGGGCUGGACACUCUGGGCGGGGGCGGCGGGGGCGGCGGGCCGGGGGGCGGGCCGGGGGGCAGCUGCAGCCCCAGCCCCUCCCCCAGCUCCAACAGCAGCAGCCCGGCCACCCACUCCCCGUGACACACGGCCCCCCGACUCCGUACCCCACAACCGGACCUUCUCUCUCCUUCCCGAACUCACAGGCGCGGCGGCUCCUCCCUGCCCGCCCCGGGCCGGGCCCGAGCAGAACCCCCCCUCCGCCCCCGCGGUCGGGGGAGCGAGGGGUGGGGGAGACGGAACUGGGGACCCCUCCCUCCCGCCCCCAGCCCCGGACUGGACUCCCAGAGCCGAACUGGUUGGCCCGCGGUUGGGGGUGAGGGGGACCAUUGGAGCCCUCCCUAACCUCCAAUCCCACAUUCUGCUGUCUGCUUGCCCAGUGUCGGUGCGCACGCUGGGGGGGAUCAGAGUUGGGGGGAGGUCUCUCUCUCUCUCUCUCUCUCUCAUCUAUGAAAUGCCUCUAUGCCACCCCCCCCCCCCGCUCCAAUUUCAUCACCAGCAAACUCCCAGGGGGCAACCCCAGCCCCUCCGCCCCCCUCCCCCAAGCCCCCGGGGGUCACUGAAGCUGUUUGGGGGGUGUGUGUGUUGGGGGGGGGGGGGCAGCUGUGUACAUACCCCACGCUCUCCCCUCUUUUGUCGCUGGUUUGAUUUGAUUUAUUUUUUUGGUUUUGAUUUAUUAUUAUUAUUUUUUUUUUGGUUUAUUUUUUUUAAAUAAGAAGUUUCAUUUUAAGCUCAUUUAUACUGAAGGAAUCUGUGCCGCGUUGGGGGGUGGCCAGGAAGGGGGAGGAGGCGAGAGCAAGCCUGCCGUGGCCCCCCCCCCGUCCCGUCCCUCCCCGCUGUCUCUCUAAACUGUGAAUCCUCACUGCGGUAAGGGGCACUGCGGCGGGGGGCAGAGGAAGCCACAGGAUCCGAACCCACUCC